AUGUCUGCUGGCUGGAAUAAUGCUCCUAAUGUAGAAAAGAAUGUGUUUAGUGCCCAGGAUGUGAGAAGGAGUGAUAGUGGUGCUAGUACCAGUAGUGCUCAGCGGCGAAGUAUCCUUGACCCCCACGAAUCUGUCAUGGAUUUAUUGAAUAGACAGCAAAAUGGUAUGUCAAAUCCGAGAGGGAUGCAAUUAGAACCUGGACUACUCGAUGAACUUAAUCAAGACAUUAGGCAUCUGACAGAUUCAUGGCAGGCCAUUGAUAGCGAUGAGUACUCCUUUUUGCGCGCAAACACGAAUAUUCAAAAUAACAGAGGUUCCCUCCCUGAUACAACUACCCAAGACAUAUUUGCAAAUGCGGAACUGAACUUGCAAUUCGGUGGUGUGUUGUCUUCAGACACCUCGGAAGAAGAAACAGAAAUGAUGAAUGCUCCAUCUCCUAAUAUAACCAGCUCUCAACAGUUCAACCAUGUGUCUUCGUCUACGAGUUAUGGAGAGCAAGUACAUCAAUACACUACAAGUGAGUACAAUGUUAAUAAAAAAGGCAAAAAAACAGCUAUGAAUAAUCAAGUUUCGUCCUCCGUUGCAAAUACUGAUGAUGAAACAAUUAUGGUAAAUCUUGGACAAUCGUGGACUAGUAGCUUUUUCGUUAUGCCAAAAUUAUCACUAUCGCAGUCUAUGAAACGGUUUAAAAUUUUACUUCUUAGCGAUGGUGACUCUGCCAAAAGUUUUUAUAACCGCCUUUCAAGGUACCACCAAAUGAUGUUUGAUGUGCGCAAGCUCGAUGAAGUCUCAAAAGAAGAGUCUCAAAAGUAUACUGCCUUUAUGGUUAUUUUCUCUGACGCCAAAAAGGUAAAUUCAACAUUGAACCGUAUUUGGUCAAAAUAUGGUACCUUUACACUUAUUCCAAUCUGUCAAAAGGGUCAAAAACAAAGUGUCACGGAAUUUGUUAGAUCCUAUGCAGCUUUGAACAGAGUAAAGUUAAUGUCUUACCCAGUUGUUAUAUCAGACCAUUAUGAAAUCCAUGGAUUGUUAAGACAUUUACAUUCAUUAUACGUUGAGGUGGAUUCAGAUUAUGACACUGAUAUUCCAAAGAAAUCUAAAGCAAAAAAGAAUUCUAAGAAGAAGGCAGCCUCUUAUUUUACUAGAAAGUGGUGGUUCUGGCCAAUAUCUAUUGCUAUUGGUGUUGGUAUAGGCUGCUGUAUGACUUUGUAUUUCGGAAAGUAUGACGUCGCUGUAAAUCGCCCUCCUAUCGAUAUCCUGCAAGUUUCAGAUAACGAUGUUGAUAAACUUGUCGAAAUGGUUGAAGGCAGUUCAAAUUAUGCAAUAGAAGAUACAUCACCGCAAACAAUUCCUGAAUUCGCUAAACAAGUCUGUAAAUUGGUGAAAGAAACAGCCUUGCAAUUUAAUGAUCUCUUAAAGCAGUUUCUUUCUUCUCAUGUGAUGACAUUUGGAUGGGCACAGUCAAUUGGGAAAGACUUGAUUCAAUCAGAUCCUUCAAAUGUUGUAACGAAAGCUACUGCGUUGGAUUUAAUUCUGUUUUAG